ACAAUCUUUGCACGCGUAGUGGGGGUGUUACUUCCUGAGAACUGCCCUUGAAGUUGCCCAGCUAUAUAUCUGUAGAGUGGCACCCUUAUUGCAACCAAACUAAAAAUGUCCAGUCUAGUCUCAACCCUACUCCUCGUAACUUCGCUCCUCAUUACCGCUCAAGCACGUGUCACUAACUUUGCGGACAUUGCAUGUGGAAGGAGCAGACGUUCAGGUCGGAUCGUCGGAGGAAGCGACGCGUCUCCCGGUGAAUUCCCAUGGAUCGUGUCUAUCACGAGGAGAGGAGGCCACUUCUGCGGUGGGACUCUGAUAAACAACAGAUGGGUCCUCACCGCCGCCCACUGUCUCUGCAGCGGAAGUCGCAUUUUGAGCGCUGUUGAAUUGAAAGUAACAGUCGGUGGCCACGAUUUAAGGGAACAAACUGGUGCCCAUCUGCCUGUUUCAAAGCUACUCUUACAUCCAAAAUAUGAAUGUUCUAGAUAUGUCAAUGAUAUAGCUUUGAUCGAGCUGUCAGCUCCACUGUCAUGGUCUGACGCAGUGCGUCCUGCUUGUUUUCCAACGCAGACAACAGAUACUUUUACAAAUUACGGUGCAGUCGUUGCAGGAUGGGGUUGGACUAGUGAAGUCACAGGAAGUGGAGGACGUGCUAAUGUAUUGCAAAAAGUUGCACUGACAGUCGUCGACAACGAGAGGUGCAGGGACUGGUACAGGUCCCAGGGGAAAAAGGUGAACAUUUUGGAUUCACAGAUGUGCGCUGGGUUCGAAGACGGUGGAAAAGACUCGUGCUGGGCUGACAGCGGCGGCCCGUUGAUGAUUGGCGACGGUGAUGGCACCAUGGUUGUCGGAAUUGUAUCAACUGGAAUAGGCUGUGCGAGACCCAAGCUUCCUGGAUUGUACACUCGUAUUUCCGACUACGUCAACUGGAUUGGGCAGACCCUCCGGAGAUAAAAUUAAUUCGUUUAAAAAUUCUUCAAAGAGAAAUGACUGAAGUUACUAGAUUUUAUAUGUUUCAAUCAUUUCAAAACCAAAACCA